GACAAUGCAUGUGAGAAGACUUCAUACAUGUUUCUGCGUAAAGAACUUCCUGUGCGACUAGCUAACACCAUGAGAGAAGUCAAUUUGUUGCCCGAUAACUUGCUUAACAGGCCUUCAGUUGGGCUAGUACAGAGUUGGUACAUGCAGAGUUUCCUUGAGCUUUUAGAAUAUGAAAAUAAAAGUCCUGAGGAUCCUCACGUUCUGGAUGACUUUUUAGAUGUUUUAAUUAAAGUCAGGAACAGACACAAUGAUGUGGUUCCAACCAUGGCGCAAGGGGUGAUUGAAUACAAGGAAAAAUAUGGCUUCGAUCCGUUUGUUAGCAGUAACAUCCAGUAUUUUCUAGAUAGAUUCUACACCAACCGCAUCUCUUUCCGUAUGCUUAUUAACCAACACACACUUCUUUUUGGUGGAGAUAUUAAUCCUGCUCAUCCCAAACAUAUUGGAAGUAUUGAUCCUAAUUGUGAUGUGGCGGAGGUGGUUAAAGAUGCUUAUGAAACAGCUAAGAUGUUAUGUGAACAGUACUAUCAGGUGGCACCUGAUCUGGAAGUUGAAGAAUUCAAUGCUAAAGCUCCAAACAAGCCUAUUCAAGUAGUCUAUGUACCUUCUCAUUUGUUUCAUAUGUUAUUUGAAUUAUUCAAGAAUUCAAUGAGAGCUACAGUGGAACUGUAUGAAGGUAAGAAAGAAGGCUAUCCAUCGAUCAAAACCUUAGUCACUUUGGGGAAAGAAGAUCUAUCUAUUAAGAUAAGUGAUCAAGGCGGAGGUGUACCUUUAAGAAAAAUAGACAGAUUGUUUAACUACAUGUACUCAACAGCGCCCAGGCCUAGUUUGGAGCCCUCAAGAGCUGUGCCUUUGGCUGGCUUUGGCUAUGGCUUGCCAAUUUCUCGUCUGUAUGCUAGGUACUUUCAAGGUGACCUUAAACUCUACUCAAUGGAAGGCGUUGGCUCAGAUGCUGUAAUUUAUUUGAAGGCCCUUUCAAGUGAAUCAUUUGAAAGACUUCCCGUUUUUAAUAAGUCAGCAUGGCGACACUACAAGACGACACCUGAAGCAGAUGACUGGAGCAAUCCUAGCAGUGAACCAAGGGAUGCUUCUAAAUAUAAAGCUAAUCGAUAAUUUGCCACCUUUUGUCUCUGUUGGAGAUGACCUCUGCAUUCAGUAUAAAGUCUCUGCUUUGUUCCAAAAUCCUUCAAACCACAAUAGCUAAUUACUUCCAAACAAAGACCUAAUCAGGGCAUUGAAAAAUAGUAAGAACAAAGUGAUGAUUGGGACUUAAAGGAAGGCACUAAGCACGUUUGGUGAGUCCUAUCUACUUCACCAGAACGUGCUUGGUUGCUUCAGUCAUGCAUUGACAAAAGGGAUUGCACUGUGACUGCACUUAAGAAUACAGUGUUGUAACAAAAAGAUACUAUUUGAAAUGGCCAGUUUUUAUUCCAAUAUAAGGAUUGGCAAGAUGUGCAGAAUCCGUUUAAAUGGUGAACAGUAUCUUGCACAGCAAUACGGUGUAAGAGAAAAAUUCUAAUGUAGUUAAACACAUGCUUUGAAAAUCCACUCUUUGCAGCAUUUUAUAUUGCACAGUGUCACCUCUUACAGAAAAUCCCUUUGAGCUCUUCAGAUUGUGUAUUUAUCUGAUGAGCUUAUCAAUGCAUAAGUACUUAAAAGGGUUGUGCAGCUUUAAACUGAUGCUUUUCCCCAUAUUCCCAAAUCCAUUUGUCAAGUGCAUACAAAAAUUAUGUUGUUAUGAGACACUGGGAUUUCCACUUCUUGGUAUGCACCUUAAUGAUUUUCUUGACACGCAAACACAGAAAUGCAUUUCUACACAUUUUUCCUUGUUUUGAGGAAAGAUCAUAAGUAGCUAGAUCAUUUCUCCAUACAAGAAAUUCUAUCAAUACAGGGGCAAGAGGUAAUUCAGUUUCGUGUUUAUUGCCUAUCAUUUCUAGGGGGUUGGGGAGGGGAGCGAAAUGCUGGAAGGUCAGACAGCCAGUCAUACAAAUGAAUUUGCCUUAAAGAGUGUUGGUUGCUUGGAACCUGAUUAGUUUAAAACCUGUAAAUAGUUUGCAAAGUUAUUUAUAUAUUCAAUGUCUGACUAUAGUCUGGUAAUUUGAAUUUGUAGUGUAUAUAAAGAUGUUGUACACGAGCUUUUGGAAAGUGUCUUUGGUCUAAAUACAUGAAACUGGAAAUAU